AUGGACACCUGGAAUUUAAUUGUGUUAAUUUGGUUCUGUGGAAGCUCCUGCUACCAUUGUUACGGUGAAAAUAAUGUCACUGAAAUAAAAGUCAGGUUAGUUGGCGGACGUUCAAUCUUUGAAGGACGUGUGGAAGUUUAUUAUAACAACACGUGGGGAACAGUUUGUGAUGACCUCUUCGAUUACCGUGAUGCUCAGGUUUUCUGUUACAUGCUCGGGUAUGAAAGAUUAGGAGCACAGGCUAAGCGUGAGGCAUAUUUUGGGAAAGGAAAUAUAACAAUCUGGCUUGAUGAUCUUCGAUGUAAUGGAACAGAAAUAUCGGUCGACCACUGUGGAAAAUACAGGGGACUUUGGGGUUCCCAUAAUUGUGCGCAUAGAGAAGAUGCCGGAAUAGUUUGCCAACCAAAAAUACGUUUGACUGGGGGCAAAACAAAAAACGUUGGUCGUGUUGAAAUACAUUACUUGUCUAUAUGGCGAACUGUUUGUCAUGAUAAUUUUAGUAAUGCAGAUGCCCAAGUAUUUUGCAGUAUGCUUGGAUAUGAAAGAUAUGGUGCGGAAGUUUUUGCUGGGAGCAAUUCAUUUGGCAACGCUAGUGAAGCUGUGUGGUUAGAUGUUCGCCUUAUCGGAGGUUUAGUGGAAUACGAAGGGCUUGUUGAAAUUUUCGAUUCAGAUGAUUGGAGAACUGUCUGUAGCGAUGGAUUUACCAAUGAAGAUGCGCAAGUUUUAUGUCACAUGCUAGGCUUUCCAAGAGAAGAUGCAAUCGCGUAUAAGAAUGCAUACUUUGGCCAGGGUGCAGGUGACCUCUGGUUUGGAAGUAUGGGCUGUAGUGGGCAUGAACUUUCACGUGCAGAUUGUAAAGGCAAUCUUUUCGGUUUCAAUAACUGUAGUCACAGCCUUGAUGCAGGCAUAAGAUGUAAACCAAGGGUUCGCUUAGUUGAUGGGAUAACAGAGAACGAUGGUCGGGUGGAAGUUUAUCACUCUGGAAUAUGGGGAACAGUGUGCGAUGAUAAUUUCGAUUCUUUGAAUGUCCAAGUACUUUGUUUUAUGCUGGGAUACGACAGGAGUGGUGGAGUAUUUUAUGAACAGUACUCUAACCCUGGUAACGGUACAAUAUGGUUAGACGAUCUUGAAUGUACUGGACAGGAAACAUCCAUUGAUGAAUGUGACAAAAAGGGAAAUAUUUGGGGAUCUCAUAAUUGUCACCAUGAAGAAGAUGUAGGGAUUAAGUGUCGAACAAAAUCUGGUUGUACAGUGUUAUCCAUUCCAGAGAACGGAAAUUACUCAAGCACAUUAUGUUCCUCAAAUAUAUCAUCAGUUGGAACUCAUUGCAUAUUGUUAUGUCACGACGGUUUCAAACCUCUUAGCGAAAACAUAACAACUUGUUUAGGAACUGGACUUUGGAACGUAUCUGAUAUUUUUAUGACUUGUAUAGAUAUUGAUGAAUGUGAAAAUGACUCAGCAGACGACGUAUGCACUCAAAAUUGUCGAAACACAGAAGGGUCAUAUGAUUGUUACUGCAACGAAGGGUAUAUAAUAGGAGAAGACAACGCGACAUGCAAUGAUAUAAACGAAUGUAACACAGACAACGGCGGGUGCAGCCACACGUGUACAAACAAGCUUGGGUCGUUUGUUUGUAACUGCUUUGAUGGAUAUUCUCUCGAAAAUGAUAACAUUUCAUGCAAAGAUUUAAACGAAUGCAAUAUUCGAAAUGGCGAUUGUAAUCAGAUAUGUAUCAACGAGGACGGAUCGUACAAGUGCGAUUGUAACUCUGGCUAUUAUAUGACGUCAGAUAAUCUAACAUGUGAAAAUGAAUGCAACCGUAAUAAUGGCGGAUGUGAUCACGAAUGUAGCAAUGCAAAUGGAACAUUUUCAUGCAGUUGCUAUCGUGGUUAUUUGUUGCAGAGUAAUAACAAAUCUUGUGACGAUAUCAAUGAAUGUAGCACGAACAAUGGAGAAUGCGAACAUGUGUGUAUUAAUACUAAUGGCGCACAUGAAUGUAGCUGUGCGACUGGUUUUAUAUUACAAAAUGAUACGUACUCUUGUAAAGAUAAAAAUGAAUGCAAUUACAGAAAUGGCGGCUGUGCACAAAUUUGCGUCAAUAUGAUUGGCAACUUUGAAUGUCAAUGUGAAAAGGGAUAUUCUUUACAGGGUGAUAACUAUUCAUGCACCGAUAUUAAUGAAUGCGAUCUGAGCAAUGGAAACUGUGAACAGAUUUGCGCAAACAACCAAGGAUCCUUUUCGUGUGCUUGUAAAGAUGGGUUCGUAUUAGAUGAGAAAGGUUUUGUGUGUGACGAUAUCAUAGAAUGCGACAUUGACAACGGCGGAUGUCAGCAAUUAUGUCAUAAUCUUGAGGGAUCCUUUGCAUGCGGUUGUACAAACGGAUAUGUUUUAAAAGAAAAUGAUUUGACAUGUAAAAAUGUGUCUGGAAGAUCGCAAUCGUCAUCUUUACGGGUGAAAAUUGGUAAAAGCGUGGUUAAGGAUCUGAAGGACCCAGCAACAUACAACUAUGUACGAGAGCAUCUCGGAACAUCGCUCACGAAAUAUUUUGAGGAUUAUGCAACACUUAAAGUUUCUAUUGCUGUACAACAAAUACUCACAAUAGAAGAACCUUUGGAAGAAGAUACUAUAAUUGUUGGUUUUACAGUCAUUUAUGAUAAAGAAACCAGCCUCGUGGAUAGAGAAAAUAUAUUGCAAGGCAUUUUAAAGUUUAAUAAAUCAAAACUAUUGCUGUAUGAUGGAACCUCUAUUCCAGCAGUUCUAGUAAAUGAAGCCCCUGUUAUAUCACCAACAUAUAUGGUUGUGACACUGUCGGAGAAUACUUCUGUUGGCGCUGUACUUGGCGUUUUCACAGUACGAGAUAAUGAUGGCGAUAUACGAGGAGAUAUUCACGUGUACAGCCAGGAUAAACCGGAAGAGAUAAGCCUAGGGCAAAUUACUGACAGAAAUGUCCAAAUUGUUCUAGCAGGCAGUGUUGAUGUGGACAAAUAUCAGAGAAGAGCUGAAGCAAAGCUUGGACCAGUGGUAAAUUUUACAGUUGUGGUCAAGGACAAACCAGGAUCAAAAGCCAUAGCUAAUGUGACUUUGACUAUUAACGAUAUAAACGACAAUGCUCCUGUCUGUAGCCCAGGAAAACUCACUGUCAAAAUGCCAAGAGAUGAGACUAUCGGCACUAGCAUAUACAAUCUAAAUACGAUCUGCAGUGACAACGAUUAUUACUAUAAUCGUAUCGAUUUUUUUCAUCGCAGACGACACAUGCAAAGCUUUUUCAAUCAAUUCAUCGGGAUCAUUUUUUCUGAAGUCUGCAAUUUUAGAAGAAUAUCCGUCCUGUUUGGUCACUAUUAAAGUAACAGAUCAGGAUAACAAUAAAUUUCAUACAAAACUUAUCGUUUUGGUUAAAUUUAAAGAGUGUCCAGCUGAUUUAGAUUACCGAAAUAAAGAAUGGAAAAGAGGAAGCCCAGGAAAAUAUACAUUUUCUACAUGUCCGGACGGGUACAAAGG